AUGUCCGAAAUCACCGACCCCAGCAAAUUGGAAGGCUCCGACGAAACCCUCGCAGGCGCACCCGGCCCUCAGUUCAACCGAGGCUCCGUCAGCGGGUUGGGCGGCGACGACGACGACGACGACGAGCCCGCGGGCGGCAAGCAGCAGAAGGAAAGACGCAAGAUCGAAAUCAAGUUCAUCCAGGACAAGUCCCGCCGGCACAUCACGUUCUCCAAGCGCAAGGCCGGCAUCAUGAAGAAGGCGUACGAGUUGUCCGUGUUGACCGGCACACAGGUGUUGCUUCUAGUGGUCAGUGAGACCGGGCUCGUGUACACGUUCACCACGCCCAAGUUGCAGCCGCUCGUGACCAAAAGCGAGGGCAAGAACUUGAUCCAGGCGUGCUUGAACGCGCCCGAGGAAGGCUUGGGCGACGAGCAGGGCGACCAGAGCGAGGCCAACUCGCCGGAGCUGCCGGAGCAGAGCCCUGCGCCACAGAAGCACCAUGCGCCCGUGGCGAACGUGGCGCACCAGGUGCCGCCGCCCGCCGUGCCUCAUCCCCAGCAGUUGCCCCCCACGCACUUGCCCCACGGCAUGCCGUACCAGGGCCAGGGCCAUCCGCAGCAAGGUUUACCCAUGCCACAGGCGGGCGGGUACAACGAUCCAUACCAGUACUUCGGCAACAUGGGCAACGGCAACAUGCAGAACCAGCAGCAGUACCAGUAG